AAUAUCGCGGCGAAGGGUGAACUCGGACUUGGAUCGAUCAUUCUCUCAAUCGAUCAACUAAAUUCCAAGGGCCGGAACCCUAGCACCGCGAUCUUCUUCUUAUUCCGGCGAGAAUGAGCGAAGAAGGCGGAGGAAAGACCCUAGGCGUCUCGUCCGCCGCCCAAUCUUCGCCACCGCCGCCCAAUUAUUACUACGGCACUUUUCAAGGCGUGGCUAAUUAUCCGCCCCACCCCGAUUAUUCGGUGAUAGGAAUCCCUCAUCCUCAGCCUGUGCCCCCUUGCGCCAUCUCUGCCCAUCCGCCGCAUUACUAUCCUCCGGGAUAUAACGCCGUUCCCGGUCAUGUUGUUGCUCAUGGACCUUUUAGGGAGGAACGGCUCCCCUGUUUUGGUGUUGGACUUGGAUGGCUUUUGUUUAUUACUGGUUUCUUUCUGGGUGCAAUCCCCUGGUAUAUAGGAGCUUUUCUACUGCUAUGUGUCCGUAUGGAUGACAGGGAGAAGCCUGGACUCAUUGCAUGUGGCAUAGCUGCUCUGCUAGCUGCUCUUGCUGUUACUCUUGGUUUGACAAAUGCAAGUUAUCCCUGGUGAAGCAGCAGCAACGUUGUAUAUUCUCCAACUAAAGUCCUCAUCAGAGUUGGACACUGUUGAAUGUUGAUUGUAUUAAUUUAUCAGAAAAAAUGUUAGUAUUAUUUUCUUUGUGGUAAUCACCUCCUAUUAUUCCAUGCAAUUAUAUACGGUGUAUAUAUCGAAUAUGUUUAUUGGUC